AUGUCCCAAUUAGAGCUGCUUGGCACAACGCUGCUGGACCAUGUGCACAAAGGUCCCAACCAGGCCGGCAACAAGAGCAUGCUGGCAUACAAUAGUUUGGUCGGAAUACCUGGUUACACCGGUUACAUUUCAGCUGGAGCUACUGUCCAGGUGCCCAUUAAGGGCUUUGAACACACUGGUCGGCCAGCAUCCACAAAGGCUACGGAGCAGCUGACUGUGAAUACAGUAGAUCCAAGAAAAGCAACCACGUACGGCGAUGACUUUCGGAAAGUCCCUAGCGACACCCAACUGCCCACCAAGACGGGCGGCGGCUACUGGAUUGCCGACCGCAAAUUGCCUGCCGCCAUGCCCUUUACCAGCACCAGCACCUACCGCGCCGAGCUCCUCCGCGGCGGUGAGACCGCCGCCGCCCAGCUCGAGCGCUCCAACGGCCUCGCUUGCACCCUCGUCGGCUACGAGGCCGCACGGCAGCACGCGGGAGAGGUCCGCCGCAGUAUCAGCGCGGAGCCGCGGAGCCGCGCAGAUGCAACCGUCCGCGGGAUCGGCACGCAGACCGUUCUGCGGCCGGGGAGCAGCGGCAGCAUCCUGGACAGCCAGCGCAGGGCAAUGGCGGCAGCGGCGGUCACUGCCGCCGCGGCCGCCGGCACAUCCGCCCAGGCCGCCAGCACUGUCAUGUGCUCUCCAGAGCGCCGACCCGCCACCAUGCCCACCACUGCGGGCGAGCUGCCCGGCUACCAGACCACGUACGGCAUUAUGAACGAUAAAGUUGCGCGAAAUACCACGGAGACGUUACUGGCAGGCCCGCGCGAUCCGCAGAUGGGAGACCCCCGCUUCAAAGUCCUGCCGCGCGUCAUGAACCCCGGCAUGAGCCGUACGUACAGCACGUACGGCGCGGAUUACGGCACCGAGGGCCACGAUCCCAUGACUCGUCAAGCUCCGGAUAAGACGGUCAUGACACGGUUAUCGACCACGCGCGAUUUGGCACACGGAACGACCCGCAAUGUCUGUCACAUUCCGCGGUACACGGGCCACAUUCCCGCCUCCGCUUACGCGACACCGGAGGGUGCCGUACAGGGCGAAGCGGCGGAGACGCGACCAGACCAUAAGGCCCGUUCGUUGCCGUUCCAGUUGGAUCAAUACCCACGCGGCCGACUGCCGGGUUAUACGGGUUUCAAACCCCAGGCGCCUCGCAACGUGGGAAACAACCACACGGUACGGAUUCCGUCGGCAGUCACGGCGACUGGAGAACAAGGCCUGGCGGUGGUGGACGGCGACACGCUGCAGCAGGAGCGCGCGCACAACAUCAACAGCAAUGCCGGUCUUAUGACGUUUUUCACCAACUCCUUCACCGGGACCGAGUUUGUGUCGGACAAUGGGCUUGCGAAUGCACACUUGUACUACCGCCAAGCAAAGAGCCAGGGCAAGCUGGGAAUCCGCACAUCUCAACCCAGCAAGAUCACCGUGUACGGCGCGCCUUUCCGCCCCGCGGCGUCCAUGGUUUAGGUGUACGGCCAGCAGGACAAACAGCAGUAGCAGCAGCGGUAGCAUUAGCAGUAGCAGUAGCAGCUGCUGGAAGGGACCCCAGGGUCAGCACAGAAGCGCGGACGCGGACAUGGGCGGGUUUUACCUUUUACCAUCACCACCGCAGUCCGCGGGGUGUAGUUGGUUGGUUGGUUGGUUGGUUUAUUCGGUCCCAUCGUCCCAACAUGUUGGGUUGGAUGUGGUGUGGUGUUUUAUUGCGUGGGGCAGGUGUGAGAGUGUAUGGACGUGUGGCGGGCCGGGCCGGGUCCGUUUCUUACGUUCUUGCUGCUCGCUCGUCCAACUUGUUAAGCGACGGUUGCCGGUUGGUGGUUGGCCGAUUGGCGCGAGCGGCAUUUCCGAAGCGCUGCCAUCCUCAUUCUCUUAACUCGAACCCGGCAGGCAAAAAAUCAAAAAAAAGAAGACACGAUCCGUCUCCAGCAAAAGCAGGUUUCACAGUAUCUACGAAUCUAGACAGAAUGGGUGUUUUAAAUUAGGCAUAGUAUCAUGUCGUACAAUAUUGCGCGCAGGGGUUUCGGAGCGCCGGAAGGCGCUGGAAACGGCAUUUCCGUCCAUUUAUGAGCAUUUCUAAUCACAUUUUUAAUGAUGCCUGUGAUUUCCCACCAGUUGCAGAAUCAGUUGAUGUUGUUGCGAGAGCUUUUGAAGUGGGUUACGGGUGGGCAGACCGUAUGGUGGAUUGGAGCUUGCUGCAGGACUAUGGCCGCGAUGUGGUUCCUUAGGCAGUGAUGUAUGGACAAAUUAAUUAAUGAAUGAACAAAAUCUGAAUUUGCCCCAGGAAAUCUGGAUGGAAUCGGAUCACCGGUGCUGCCCACACAAUCCCAACGGGCAAAAUAUUGUGUACCGCAUGAAGCGUGUGUACGACUAUUUACAACUGUGUAAAUACGAGCGCGAGGACAAAUUUGCCUCCGCUUGUGGCGAG